CAUGGGGCUGCCCAGAACAUCAUCCCUGCAUCUACUGGCACUGCCAAGGCUGUGGGCAAGGUCAUCCCUGAGCUGAAUGGGAAGCUCAAUGGCAUGGCCUUCCAUGUCCCCACCCCCAAUGUGUCAGUUGUGGACCUGACCUGCCAUUUGGAGAAAGCCACCAAAUAUGACAUCAAGAAGGUGGUGAAACAGGCAUCAGAGGGUCCCCUAAAGGCAAUCCUGGGCUACACUGAAGAUCAGGUUGUCUCUUGUGACUUUAACAGUGACACCCACUCUUCCACCUUUGAUGCUGGAGUUGGCACUGCCCUGAAUGACCACUUUGUUAAGCUCAUUUCCUGGUAUGAUAAUGAAUUUGGCUACAGCAACAGGGUGGUGGAUCUUAUGGUCCACAUGGCCUCCAAGGAAUAA